AUGUCUUUCCUGACUUCGGCAUGGGCAUUAAACUUUGUAAUAUUUUGCAGUACUAUAUUUUUUAUUCUAUACAAAUAUUUUACUAGAAAAUUUGAUUACUGGAAGAAACGAGGAGUACAUCACACAAAACCAAUUCCAUUUUUUGGCAACGUUUAUGACAUUGUUACUUUUAAACGAAACUUAUCUGAACAGAUAAAAAAGCUUUACGAUGAAACUGACGAACCGUAUUUUGGAAUUUUUGUUUUUGACAAACCAAUCUUGGUCAUAAAGUCUCCCAAAUUAAUAAAAGACAUAUUGAUUAAAGAUUUUAAUAAGUUUUGUGACAGAAGUAUUGCAGAUGGUAGCCAUGAUAAAACUAUAGGCAACUUUGUAUUUUUGCAAAAAAACCCAAACUGGAAGCUUACGAGGACUAAGUUGACUUCAUUUUUUACUUCUUCAAUGACAAAAACAUUUUUUUCAAAUAUUGAAUUAAUCAAUGAGAAGUUUAUUGAACAUUUAGAAAAUAUUUCUGAUCCCGUUGAUGCUAAAUAUAUAGCGGGCCAUUUUACCACUGAAAUGAUAGCCCGAUGUUUUUUUGCUACUGAUCCUCGUUGUUUUGAAUCAGACAUGUCAAAGUUUAGAUACUGUGUUCAUCGAAUAUUCCAAUUUAGUGUGAGAAACGGAUUUAUACAAACCUUCUAUUUUUUAAAACCAAGUAUAAUAAAAUUAUUCAAAUUGAACUUCCUUGAAAAUUCGGUCAUAAAAUACUUUCAUGAAACAUUUUUGGAAGCCAUGGAAUGUAGAAAGGAAUUUGAUGGCAAACCUGUCAAUGCGGUUGAUGUAGUGAACCAGUUGCAAAAAAAGCACAAUGGAGAUUUUCCUGAUCAGUAUUUGUUCAUAUCGAAUGCCAUGUUUUUACUAGUAGCUGGAUAUGAAACAACUAGUUCUACAAUCGGUUAUGCUUUAUAUGAAUUAGCAGUUAAUCCAGAUAUACAGGAAAAAUUAAGAAAUUCAAUUAAAGAAAAUUACAAAAUUUACGAAGGUUUUACAUAUGAAGGAAUACAAAAAAAUAAAUAUUUGGAUAUGGUAAUUAAUGAAACUUUAAGAAAAUAUGGCCUUAUACCAGUUCUUGAUAGGGAGGCUCUCACCGAUUACCGUCUUGAAGGUACAGAUCUUGUCAUUGAAAAGGGAAUGGCAGUGUACAUUCCUUACUUUGCUAUGUUUAGGGAUCCCAAAUAUUUCCCCAAUCCUCUAAAGUUUAAUCCGGAAAGAUUUGCUAAUAACAAUUUCAAUGCAGAUGGUUUUACCUUUUUUCCAUUCGGAGAGGGACCAAGAGCCUGUAUAGGUAAGCGCCUUGGACUUCUAGCUAUUGCUGCAUGUUUAUCACAUGUCUUAUUAAAAUUUAAUAUUGAAAAAUGCGAAGAUACUCCUGAUGCAAUUGAAUUUGAACCCAAAUCCUUGGCUCUGCAGUCAAAAGAUGGACUAAAAAUAAAACUAGUAUCUAUAUAG